UAAAUGCUGUUCGAACACUUCCCAAGUGGAACCCAAUGGGUCCAUUUUAGCAGUUCAGUGGUUCCGCUAUAUAUCUUUAAAAUUCUUUAAAUAAAAAUAUUUAACAAUUCAUGUACAUUACAUUGUUUAAGAACUUGCGCAGUGACAGGGGGCGUCGCCGUACAUCGAAAAAUCGGUUUUAUUUAUAAAUUUAAUAACAGUGUCGUAGAAGCGAAAAAUCAGUAAAUUUCGUCAUACCCAAAGAAACAACAAAUUCGCUUAAUACUGUGACAACCGCUGUCUGACGUAUAGGAGCUAGUGGAACGUAAAUAGCACACUGAACGCAUUUCGGGACGAAAAAACGAUUUAUAUAUCGAACUGACAAGUUUGCUGUUCAGUAAUUAAAAAUUUCCUGUGGACAGAAGACAACGUAAGACCCCACACCGCCAGAAAGCACGGAAGCCGCUUCAGAGGCUGACGCCAGUACGCCUGUCACUGAACCAGCGGAAGUUUCCAACCAAACCAGAAUGGCCGAAGCUGUCGUUGAUGAGCGUCCGCCGCUCCCUACACGUUUCUAUUGCCAUAUGUGCAGCAUGGAAGUAAACAUUCCAAACACCGAUUUCACCUGCCCACACUGUUCUGGUGGAUUUGUUGAAGAGUUGCCAGCUGUACCGAGUACAACGAGCGCCAGCAGCAGUACUUCUAGUCUGGCUGAUGGCCCCAGCAAUGCUGGUAGCGAUGCUCUUGGUCUAAAUCGUCUAGUUGAUUUGGAUGUCAUUCGGGGCGAAAUUGAAACACUGUUAAUGUCACGGAACGGACCUAUAGAAAUUGCCAUCGGCCCGGCGAAUAGGCGCAAUAGCAUGCUUUUGGGCGGCGGAGCUGGAGGCACAAAUGCAGGCAGCAACAGCAGUGGAAACGGGAGCUCUGGCGGUGGUCGCGUACACCCACCCAAUUUGGGAAGUUUGGAUACUGUUCUCCUUGAUUUUUUGCAAUCCCUUUCAGGGGGUGAUGACGGGUAUUUUGGCAAUGCCCCAAUGUUUUUCAUGGGCAAUCCCGGCGAUUAUGCGUGGGGUCGCGAAGGUAUCGACACAAUUGUAACGCAAUUGCUUAAUCAAAUGGAGACAUCUGGACCGCCACCAUUACCCAAAGAUAAAAUCGAUGAAAUACCAAAAGUACAUGUAACCUCCGAGGACGUAGAACGUAAAACUCAGUGCUCAGUAUGUUGGGAGGAUUUUCGUAUGGACGAAAUAGUACGAAGGCUCCCAUGUACACACAUUUACCAUGAGAAUUGCAUUGUUCCAUGGUUAGACUUGCACGGAACGUGUCCAAUCUGCCGUAAAUCUCUAAGUGAAGAAGACGAGGCGAACGAAUGCGACAUGACCCGUAGUGGUGUCAUGGACAGCAGUAUGACCGAGAUAUCACAAUCCGAUGAUACGACAAUGGAAAGAGCUGGUCCAUAUGAAAACACCCAGAGUACCAGCAAUAGUGCUACCCAAUCAGUACCAGCAGGUAGUGGCUCUAGUCAAACUGAAAAUCAGCAGCAGCAGCAACAAAACAAUGUGUUUGGAUUUGACGAUAGCGCUGUUGAUUUGGAUUAAACAGUUUUCUAGCAACCCAGCCUAUAAAAUUUAAAUAAUAUGUUACUUUAUAUAUGAAAACAAUACUUCUAUUCUUUGUGACGAUAUCACUACAAAGAAAAGUAACAGCAAGAAGCGUGGCUAAUAUUGCUAUUAAAAACCUUUGCAUACAUACAUAUUAAGAACAUACAUACCUACAUUCAAUGAGAAAUCGUACAUACUAUCAUAACUAUAAAUACCAAUACCACAUUCUAAAUCAAUCUUGAAACAGAACGGGCAUAAGGUAAUUUUUUGCAAGUUAAUAUCAUGGGUUGUUUUGAAAAAAAUGUUAAGAAAUAAACUAAACUGUAGAGAGGUCAAGGCGACACGAUUAUAACAAUUUAAUAAAACCAAAACUUGCUUUCUGGAGUCCUUAAAAUCACCGCG